GCGUGUGUAAACAGUUGCCACGGUGUUGAACCUUUUUUAAUUGAAUUAUAAAGUAAUAAUAAGCAACUUUCCUUUCUAAAAGUACGUAUUUAAUGAUAAUGACGGAUGGGGUUUCGGAGAGAAGUCAGGAGCCCUCCGUCGACAGUUUGAACUGUAUCAGUAAAGGAAAAAUGGAGGACGUCGUCUCAUCCCUGGUCAAAGAAGGCUGGUACCUUUCAGAUGAGGGAGUAGUGGCUUGUACAGGUUCCUUAGAGAAGCUGUCUCUCCAGGACAUCAUCUGUAUUGCACUUAAUAGUGACCUGAGAUCCAUUGGCAAGAAAUUUCUACCUAAUGAAAUCAACAGCGGGAGAGUGGAAAAGUUGGAGGGCCCGUGUGUCGUCCAGCUGCAGAAGCUCAGGAACGUGGCGGCACCAAAGGACCACGAGGAGUCCCAGGCAGCCCCCCGGAUGUUGCGCCUCCAGAUGACGGAUGGGCACACCACCUGUGUGGGCAUAGAGUUGAAGCACAUGUCAAAAAUCAGUCUGAACACCCCACCUGGAACAAAACUGAAGCUCCUUGGAACUGUGAUGGUGAAGAAUGGCCUCUUGCUACUGGAUGACUCCAAAAUUGUUGUUCUUGGUGGAGAAGUUGAGCACAUGAUUGAAAAAUGGGAAUUGCAAAGGAGUUUGGCAAAACACUGCAGAAGUAACAUUGGUGCAGAAGGUGGCCCCCCUCCUUUUGUCCCUUUUGGUCAGAAAUGUGCUACCAAAGAGCAAGUGGACAGCAAAGAGCUGGAUCAAAGAAGGACUCUGCAAGUCACUGGCACGGUGAAGACUGCAGAUGAAGAUGAUGAGUUUGAGAAGCAGCGGAAAGCUGCCAUUGCUGAGAUUUCGAAGAGCAAAGAGACCCGGACAUUUGGCGGCGGAGGCAACGCAGGCAACAACCUUGCCAAUCCUGGCUCCACAUAUAAGAGCCGUGACAGCGGCCUGAGGAAGGGGGAGGAAAAGUGGACUGAGGGCCAAUCAGACGGACUGUACCGAGAGCUGGUUGAUGAGAGGGCUUUACGGAACAUCAUGGAAAUGGGCUUCAACAUAGAUGCAGCAAGGCAGGCCCUCUUGGACCACAAUAACAAAGUGGAGGCAGCCCUCAACUUCCUGUUGUGCAACCAACCCAACUCUGGCUCAUCAGAGUACAGUCGACCACCACCCAAAGCUAGGGGGAGGGGUCGAGGAAGAACCAGACAAGAUGAAGACGAAGAUGCAGGAGGAAGGCCCUCUGGCCCCAGCACCCUAUUUGAUUUCCUGGAAUCAAAAAUGAGUGCUUUUUCCAUUGAUGAGCCAAAGAGUCAGCCUAGUCAGAGGGUCGAGGAGCCACCGACCAGGACUUUGCCAAACAAGGACCAUGUCAAAGACCUGGCACAGGGGAAUUCUUCCCGGAACGAUAGAAAGCAACAGAGGAAUGACAAGCCCCCCCGCUUCCAGAGAGACAGUGACUUCCCCAAGCCAGGGGGAGACGCUGCAAUCCCAACCCAGAAUUUCAAACCUGAGAGGAUAAAUGCAGGACACCUGGACAAGCAGAAAGAUGAGAUCCAGAAGGGCGGCAGGCCAUCAAUCUGUACUUCACGACCCGGGGGCCAGGCUUCCCCUGUAGAGCUUCCUCAAGGAUCUAGAGGUCAUCCAGGGUCUGGAAGAUGCCAGCAAGGGUCCUACCCACCAUCGAAGAAGGGCCCAAGAGAAAAUGGGCCUCAGUCCAGGCCGCCAGACACCAAUGGCACAGGGGAUUUUAAAGGAAACUCUCGGACCGAUUCGAGUAAACCCGAGGCGAGAAAAAGGCGGGGCAAAUGCGAUAGGUCAAACUCUGAUCUAUUGGACAGGAAAUCUGGUGCUGAAGAAGCUUGUGAUUACUCCAAGCCUAGGAGUAAUAAGGACACUUUUGUGUCACAGGAUUUGUCCAGGGUCCAGAUUGGAAAUACACAGGCACAGAAUGGGAGCUCUGAGCAUAAGCGGACCGGACCUAUAAAACCAAAAUCUAACUCCCACUCUGGUGCUCGUGGACUGAAUCACUGGAAGCCAGGAGACCAGUGCCUUGCCCUCUAUUGGGAGGACAAUAAGUUUUAUCGUGCUGUAAUUAAUGGUGUGCACCAUUCGGGGUCAACUGCUGUAGUUGUCUUCAGUGAUUAUGGGAACUGUGAAGAAGUUCUUCUUGAAAACAUCAAACCUUUACAGAAAGACUCAUGGGAUAAAGACUGUUUACAUGAGACAUCACUGGAGUACCGUCGAGGCGGAGGUGGCCAGGCCAAGCGCACACGCCCAACACAGCCAUACUACCAGCCACCGAGAGCUAAAGAUUGACAAAUGGGCAAGGUAAGCGAAAGGUGUGAGGGAAGGUAAGAGGACUCAAAAUUGCAUCUUUGCAUCUCAUCACUUAGUUUCUUUGUUGUAGUUUUUCAUUUGAUUUCUCAGAAAACUGUUCAACACAUCUGCAAACUGAAUCUUUUUGCAGAUCGGUUAACUUCUCCCCCCC